UAAUUUUGAAUGUGGCCAAAAUAACUCAAAACACCGUGACUGAGCCGCUUUAAGAUUGCAAGGGAUAAUGUGUCUGCGCAUGCGUCGAUAACCACCGGCGUACAAAAGAGCAACAAUGGCACCAUCUGGACCAAUGUUUUAAAAACUGUCCGUUAUGUUUGUCGGACCACACAGCAACGGUAGUGACUAGCAACUGAAACUUAUACGAUAUCCUUCGCAGGCGUAUUUUAUUUUUAAAGUUUAUUUACACCUCUGUGUGUGACAAUCAUUUUGAAACGUCUCACAAACCUGAGGUCACCUGAGUUGAGAGCCGACAGAGAUGAGCCUUCUGUCUUCUCCGGUGCAAGUGUUAGCACACACUAAAUGUUACAUUUAAUUUCUUGUUCUCUUUUUGUAUAUUUCCAUAUUUUGGUCGAUUUGCACGCUGUGAAAUUAUUUUCGCGUUGUUUCAAUUUAUCACGAGUGGAGUUAUUUGAUCGAGUCAACGUUUUCCGUUGAAUCGGUUAAGAAUGAUUUUUGUUGUUAGCUGUAAGUUUUAAUUAAAACGAGAUCUGCCUUAUCUUUACCAAGACCAGAUUACUGCCAAGUACCCUGGUCUCAGAGGUUUUUCUUCAUUUUUCUUCUUUUCGCGUAGCGGCGCUCGUGUUCGCCGCUUCGCGGCUCCUCGCAGCUCUCUCAUGCGGAGAAAAAUCAAGAAAAACCGCUGGGACCAGGGUAACUGCCAAGCAACCCACGCUUGCCAGAACUUUCCUCAACCCACAGUUUAUGCUUAGGCGCACGUCCUCGUGGUACAUUUACACGCGCAAACUGGAAACGUUUCUCGUGGGAACUUUUUCACACACUAAUCUCUUCAUCCGUUUGUUUCCUUUGCGUGGUUUACAUACUCCAGAUACAAUUUAGAACUUUUCAGUCGAAAUUGUAAAGAACUAUUGUUUUGCGAAAUUAAUUAGUUCAAGUUAUCGUUUUCACCCGACACUUGAGGAACACUCUGAUUAUCUUUUUAGUUCGGCUAGCAUUUGUAAUUUUAGCUAAGGGUAAAUUGUGGCUGAACGAUCGCGACCUUUUGACCAGCACAAACUGUGAAACAAUUGAUCCCAGACAACUUUGUGAACAAUAGACUACUUUAAUCUAUUUCCUCAAAAUAUUUAAAUGUUAUCGCAACUGCCUUUUGUGUCUUUUGAUAUAUUGAGACGCUGUUCUGAAAACAGAUCACGUUUACAAAAUGUAACUCGUCCAGUCUCUAGAAUCUAAUUGUUUCAGGAAAGACGUAAAUUUUAUUUUCAUUUUUACCAUCCUCUCAAACGAACCGUCGCGUUAGUUCAGUUUUGUAGGCUUUUGCUCUGGGCGUUUCCUAGCGAAAGGUUUUGGCGGUAAAAACAACGCCGCCGUUGCUAAUUUCGGCAACAAUUUCAAAAAUAGCUCAGUUUAGCCAAUCACAAUACGUUGCGUAAUUCAUUUUAACCAAUCACAGCGCGUUGUAGGCCAGGAACGUGUUAAUUCAUAGCGUCACGUGAAUUGAACGGUUCACUUAGUAGCUUGAAGCCAACCUGACAACACAGGUUACAAGUACUGAAGACGAAAAAUUGGGACUUGAAGUGCCUUCCCCAAAGAACCGCAUGAAACUUAAAGUCUGCAAUCCCACACGUGUACCUCUGGAACUCAAACGAACUUAAUUUGUUCAUAGUUUCACGUAUUGCGGCAGGGUCAGAACCACAACCAAGCUCGUCUUCCAAAGGAGAGAUGAAUUUGGAGGAUGUUCCUGUGGUGGACAAGUCAUUUUCAUUACCCCAAAAUGUCUUUGAAAGGGUUCUGGCGGCUCAAACACGUGUUUCAACUACCUGUCCUUCUUCGCCGAAAGGAUUCCUGAAUCCUUUUGUGAACUAUUCUGCAGGUCAACAACAAAGACGGCGUACUUCCGGUGAUUACGUCACAGAGCUUACCGAAAGUGAAGCUAAACGACCUCGCCUAUCACCACCCAUUACCUCCGAGCAAGAUCUCGCGCAGAGAAGGCAUAAUAAAAAGCUUGAACGAGAACAAUUUAAGUUACAGAUCUUACGAAGACUCGAUAACACCAAAAAUAACAUUUUAAAGCUGCUAAAGUUACAACAUAUGCAAAAUCUGGUUCAUUAUUACGAGAAUGACCCGCUUUUCAAUCAAACCGACAAGUCCGGUAGCUUUCGAAGAAGUGAACUUCGGUUUCAUUCUCAGCAGGGUUCAGCUUAUGAGAGACAAUAUCAGACCCCGACUUUAGCCCCUGUGCAGAAUGAUCCUAGGCCAGUUUCUGUUUCACCAAACGCACAGGGCAUAAGCAGAUCGUCCCAUCUUCACUCCUCAUCUCACAAUUUUCGACGCGUGCCUGGGAUCAGCAUUGUUACUAAUGCUGAUCAAUGGAAGGAACAUAGGACUAGUUAUUCCUUCAAGUCGUCUGAUUCGGUUGGCUUAGCCUGGGACCACAAAACACUUCCCAAAAUCGUCGCGGUUCACUCCAUGAUAAACAAUGCAAACGCUAGUGUUACGAAAACCGUAAAUCACCCUACUCCCGGGAGGACCGUUGGCCAGGCUGAUUAUGCGCGCGAGAAGAGUGAGGUCCGGCAAAACCAGUCGCAGGCACCAGUCAUAAGUUUAACAAGUGGAAUCAACGAUAGAGCCACGGCCGUGACAGAUCGUAGAUACAGUCACGAAGAUGAAGAAGUCGUUGUGACAAAUGUUCUUCCUGAAAGACCUCGCUGCUCGAUCAGCACGGAACAACAACGCACGAAAACAAAGUCAAACCACAGUGAACGUUCUGUAGACGAAAGAGAUAGUUCACCAAAUGACCUUCAAGUAAACAGGCGCAAUUUCACGAGGAUUGUCCUCGAUACAAGUUAUGACAAUAAGGAUAUCGCUGAUCCCGGACAUGCUGAACAAUCUCUGCUUACUGAAAAUAUAGCGCGUGCUGAACUUUCGAGACAUUUUGAUCAUCCGGGACAUACUGAACGCCUCAGACAUGUCGAUUAUCCGGGACAUGUUCAACAUCCGGGACAGGUUGAACAUCCAGGACAUGCUGAUCAUACGGGACAUUCUGAUCACACGAGACACGGUGAUGUGGAGACAGUCGAGCGAAUAGACUUGACAAAUGGCUAUGCCCACAGUGAUAGCUCUAUGACCAGCCAGGGCAUUGCAGCUAGUGCUUCUCAGAUGGAAACAGUCGAAAGCCAAGAUCAUGUACAUCCAGGUUCUCUUCAAUACCCGGAGCAUGCUGACUCAGAGGUAUACUUGGGCGGCCCCCCUCCAUACCUUCCCGUUCUCGACAGUUCGGAAAUGGCUGAGCAGGAGAAGGAGAGAAGAUCGCCACCCGAGACGGGAGAACGUCGAGGCAGUAAUCCCACUUCACCCAGGCUCAGCAAGACGGUUCCAGAAAUCAAAGAGAAGCUCAGGGAAACAAGAGAAAGAAUGAAGAACGAGACCAUAGAAUGGAAGAAAAAGAUACUCUACAAACUGGAGAAACGGUUGAUUAUGAAACUGAAGCGAGCCGAAAGUUCGACGGAUUUGCAGGAAGAAGGUGCAGAUAAGGGAAAGAAGCGUGGAAGUCCAUGUCACGAUAGAAGGAGCAGUGGUGCGGGUAGCGUGACGGACAGUGUCACGGAUAGCGUAACGGACGACGAUGAUAAAAACCUUGAACACUCCGACAAUCUUCCUCAAGAGUCAGUAAACGUAGAGGAAUCAGACGAUAAACCCCAUAAACGUCCACAAGAAGAUAACAAAAGCGAAGAUCUCUCCAUGGAGCUCAAGGACAGUUGUGAAGAGGUGCAAGUUGAAAUUCCACGCACCGAGGAAGAAAAAACGGAACACAGUGAAACUUCCACGAGAGUAAUAAACGAAGAGAAAGUGAAUCAAUGUUCCAAGAGUUUCGAACAGCCAUUGAAUGCAUACGAAGAGGAGUCGGACGAUAACAUAGUCAAAGUAGAAUGCGGGACAAACGAACAUUACGAAGAAAUUAAAUUUCACAGUGAAGAGGAAACGAGAAGUGGAAGCGAAACCUCUUGCACCGUGAGCGCAAAGGUAGCGCAACGCGAAGGCACUGAAACGCCCAUUAGCACUGAGUUAUCCGAGAACAAACGAGUGAAGUCACCGCAAGAGUCCAAUGAUUUGAAAACGGAAUGCGUGACGCUUGCCGGUAACGCAAACGAAAAGCCAAAGGAGGGAAAUAAAAAUCUAUUUGAGGCUUUUUCGUCUGGAUUCCAGGCCCCCGCCCUGAAGACGGACAAACCUCAAUUGCCAGAGAAUACUGAGCAAGCGUCCCUAAUUACAAAGCAAGAAAUGGCUUCCUCUCCUCCUGAAACGAAGAAGAAAGAUAAGCCCGCUGAAACAAAGAAACUGGUUCUAAAGAGUGAGAAACUCUUGACGAAUUUGAGCUCUCUAAAGAAAAGACUUCAAACUUGUAGUAAAGAAGUACUGAAAAAGAAAACAGAGACUGUAAGAUGUGACCGAAAUAUCUGGUCAGUCUUAGAAAGAAACGGUAUUUCUUAAACUUGUUUCAUUUCGCUUCGCUUUUCGAAUUUUUACGCCUGUAUUAUUUGAAGGCUUUGUUCUAUUUCAAGAUCGUCUUGCAUGUCACAUACAGCGUUUAGGUAUAGAGGUUAUCUCAUGGGUAUGUCACACAACGUUUUAAAAAACGCAUGAACAAAGCCCCUUUUAUUAGGCCUCCAGCUGUUUCAUGCGUUUCGUUUUCGACACGUUUUCCACAAUAUAUGUCGAUUUCCACAAAUCGUCUCUUCCAUUUGUUGCCCGUUAAUGUUCACGGUAUUCAACGUCAGCGUACAAGUUUUCCAUACUUUUUUCAUAUAUUUGUUAAAGUAUUCACUAUGAAAAAUUUCAUCGUAUAUCAAGAUAAAUUUCUUUCAGUGACCAUUUGUUUUAUUCCAGUGAUGUUAAUGUAAUAGUUAGUAUUAAUGUUUUGAGUAGGUGUAUUUUGAUCGCUGCUAAGGCUGAAACGUGUUAUGAAAUAAUAAGAUUGUAUGAAAAGAGAAGGCCAAUUCAGGGUUCUCUCUCUAAAGCUUACCUAUGUUUUUAUUCUACUAGUUUUUUUUCAAAGUAAACGAAAACUGGAAGUUUUCUCCUCUCUCCUCUAGUCUAUUAAGUUCCAUAUUGUUAAUAUAAUAGAUUUUUAUAUCUUUGAAUGAAAAAAAGAAAAAGAGAGCUUUUAAUAAAUCCCUUAUAUUCUUUAAUCUGUUCUUUCAUUUAUUUGCGUAUGUAACCCAAUUUAUGAACAAGAAGAACUGAAUAUUCUACAGGGGUUUCAAACAAGAAAA